GUCGCCUGUAUUUGUACACAAAGAAGGAAGGACCAAAAGCCGCUAUAGUGGUCUGAUCACGCUCGGUUUCCUCUCAGUUACGGAAUGUUAAGUGAAUUCCCCUAUGAGAUAUAUGGAACUACAGUUCCCGAUCCUCGACACCUGCCGCAAAGAGAAAUAUUGAAAUACUUCGACCGUCCGCAUGAUUCUGGUCGUCUCAACGCAUCGAAGCUGUCGAGACCCAUCGUCCUCCGGAGCCAGGUGAACGCCUUCGAUCCGACCAAGUAUCGUUCUGAAACAGUACAGCGCCCAGCCGUCGGACCCGACGGAGUCGACUCGAGAGCAAGAACUCUUACCUCGAGCAGGAGAGCUGUCCCAGACGCGGAGCAUGUAGGGCGGCAACCGCAGGUCACGGAACGGAGAGCUGGUGUACCUCAGACCACGCACCCAGAUGCGGAGCAUGUUGGGUGGCGGCCGCAGGAGUCGGAACGGAGAGCUUCUGUUCCUCAUACGGCGCCGGCUCCAACGUCCCGACCGAAGGCAACCGUGAUGAAUGUUCAUAACAUACACAAAAACGACCCGGGCAUGAGUGACUGUGAUGACUAAUCUAUCAAUCCCAGCCAUGAGUUCAUACGAAAAUGUUUCUGACUUACUUCGCUCAAGUUUUUUGAUGGCCCAGUGUAUUUGCAAGGAAGUAUUGCACAGAGUUCCCUGAGGCGACUGGAAUUUCGUUGACCGGUGUAGCCAUAAAUAUGCAUCUGGAUUUUUU